AUUUGCCAUGUUCUAUAAUGUCAGGAUACCUAAAGAAAACAUACUGAAUAUAGCUGGAGAUGUCACAGCUGAGGGGAAGUACUCAAGUUCAGUCAAGGAUGUUAAGGAGCGUUUUAGUGCAUCUCUGGGAUCCUUGUCCACUGGCAGAAUUCUGAUCACAGCAGUUUCCACGACCAAUUUAAAGCUUGCCAUAUCAAUAGCCAUUCGCUUCUCAGCAGCUCGCCAUCAGUUUGGACCAACUGAUGAAGAUGAAAUACCUGUUCUUGAAUACCAAACACAGCAAUGGCGUCUUCUCCCUUACCUGGCUGCCGCAUAUGCCUUAGAUUGUUUCUCCAAAUCCCUGUUUGAGAACUUUGUGGAAUUUUAUGCAGGCUUAUUGACAAAGCAAAGGAGUCAGAGACAGGCUGAUUUGGGACGUGAGAUUCAUGCCUUAUCUGCUGCCAGCAAACCACUGUCGUCUUGGACUGCUCAGCAGGCAGCCCAGGAGUGCCGAGAAGCUUGUGGAGGACAUGGUUACCUUGCCAUGAAUCGUCUGGGUGAAAUCCGAAAUGACAAUGAUCCAAACUGCACAUAUGAGGGAGAUAACAAUGUCCUGCUUCAGCAAACCAGCAACUACUUAAUGAGCUGGAUGAAAUGCAUAAGAGAAGAUAAAGCUCCUUUAAAAUCCCCUUUUGGAACAAUAAACUUUUUGCAAGACUACCAUCAUAUCCUUGGCAGGAAAUUCACAAGCAUUAGUGUUGAAGAUUGCAUGGACUCCUCAGUUCCUUUAGCAGCAUAUAAAUGGCUGGUUUGCUACCUGCUCCAAGAAAGUGACCUAAAGCUGAGCAAGGAGAAGCAGUCUGGGCGAGGUGAUUUUGAGGCCAGAAACAACUGUCAGGUGUACUACUGUCGAUCAUUAGCCAUUGCUUUUAUUGAGCAAACAGUCUUACAAAGAUACCAUGACUACACUCACGAUCCCAACAUACCAUCUACUCUGCAGCCAGUGCUUAAGAAUCUCAGUGCUCUGUAUGGACUCUGGUCUUUAAGUAAACAUCUGGCUGUGCUCUACCAAGGUGGCUAUGCUUCAGGUGAACAAGCUGGCAGAUUUAUUCAGAAUGCUGUUCUGGAGCUCUGCUACAGGUUGAAGGAUGAUGCAGUUGCCCUGGUUGAUGUCUUUGCUCCUCCUGAUUUCAUUCUCAACUCUCCCAUUGGUAAAGCUAAUGGAGAGUUAUAUAAAAAUAUGUGGACAGAGGUCCUUCAAGGCAGCAAAGCACUGAACAGACCUUCGUGGUGGGCAGAAUUUUGUAUUAAUAAACCUGUUAUAGGCAGGCUGAGGUCACGAUUGUAAACCAAACAACUUGGAAGAGGCUGGAUGGGCCUGAGAUGGAUACUGUAUUACAAACAUCAAGAGGAAAUGAGACCAUAUGUCAAACACUGAAAAUGAAAGAGAUUUACAUAGAGAAGUGCCAAGUUUUAAAAUAACUUUGAAAUCAAGUCCAACUUGGUCUCAGGGACUGUUAUAAUAAUUGCAGGAGCAAGAGCAACACAUCUGCACACUUCGUAUUUACUCAAUUAAAUAAUAAAAAAAAAAGAUUCAUUAUGAUCACUGUUUUGCAAAGUUU